AGCAUGUUUUUUCCUGCCUACUCUUCCAGGAGACUACUACAAUGACAGAUCCUUCAGUGGUGGAUCACCUGGCACAACUGAAACUCAAGGUCCUAGAAAAGGUAAGAGAAUAACUCUGCAGUGGUCACCUUUGCUCUGCUUUUUGCAUGUUCAAGCAUUAACAUUGUAUUUUAAAUAAAUAUAUGUCAACUGAGACACAAAGAGGAUCUGCAGCCAAUUGAGAACCUCUUUCUUCAUGCAAGCUGAGGCAGACCAAUGUGCGGUGGUGCUACAGUCACUAUCACUUUCUUAAAUAACAUUGUACAAGUUUACAUGGACCUACAGUAAAUUAAAAAUAGAGUUAAAGUGACUUUGAUUUUAUGGGAGAUGUCACCAGUUAGCUCAAAACCAAUUUGAGUUGUGACAGGCAAAGUUUAGGAGUAAAUGUUGGGUAAAGAGGACCUCAGAUUGUUUUAAGGCAAUUUCAUGUCAUCUUUUUUGUCUGCUUUCACAUAAGAUAUGUUGCCUGAUGAAACAUGGGUAGACCCAUGCUGGAAGCACAUGAGGUGCUGUACAGAAUCCCAGUAGCUCUUUGUUGUGACUGCACACUAAUGCACCCAAGGUUCUCCACUCAGCCCUGUUCCUCCCCCCUCAGCACAUCUGAAUCUGCUAGCAUAGACCUGCUUCAGUGUCCUCCAGAAGCCACUUAAAGAGAAGUCUGGAAGGAAAAACAAUUUUCCUGGAGACAUGAAUGCUGGAAGUGGCAUCUAACCUGUCUCCACAGUGGAGUCUUUUGUCUUAGAUGCAGCAGCCAUUUGAAGGCAAAGCUUUCAACAGUGUGGAGCUAUGCAGAACCAAGAAAAGAGCCUGUGCAUGAGUGAAAGGUCUCUAAUUUCUGAGCAGCAGGGAGCAACAAGGGCUAUCUGCUCCCCAAGGAGCAAGGAGUUGAGCACAAUAACACAGCCAGCAGGGCAGGGGCCUGCCCGGCCAGCCCCCAAGCGAGGCAAGCAGGGCAGAGCCAGACAUGGUGGCCAGAUUCAACCAAAAGUCCAGAUCUAUCAGGCAAGCUCAUGGCGAUGAGGCAGGUCCAAGGCCAACCUGGGAAGUGCCUGCAGGUUGGGAUCAGAGUUAAUAGGAUCCGUGGCCAGUCACAGGCAUGGCCGUGGUUGAACUGCAGACCAAUUACUCAUCCAGUAUAGCUCAGGUAAGAACUGAAGACCUAAAACUGAGAUUAAAGGGGCUCCUGGGCACAUGAGCAGCAGAUGUGGAAGUCCCUGGUGAGGCUGGCCAGGGCCAUUUAGGCCUAUCAGUGUACCAAAUACCCAAAACUGUCCGGCACCAAGUUCUUCAUAUGAUCCAUUAUGAUGAAUUAUGUAUGAGUCUCCUGAUUCACCAUGCUAUCAAUUUCCAGGUUUGGGAUAGCCUGGCCGGUUGGAAGCGUGACUGUUCUGUUACCGUAACUAGAUUAGUACUGAGACAUUUCAUACUUCUAUGAAUACUUCUUGUAGCCCUCACUAGCUGUGGUUUAGCUGUUAAGAAGCACUGCUUGUCUCCACUUCUGCUUUAUUUCCUCCAUCCCAAACGUAUGCCUGUAAGGUAAGGUUGGAAAUUGUUGUGAACUUUGCUGCCUGUCUCAUAACCAGUUCUUGUUGUGGUUCUACCAACAGAGACUAGAAAAUGAACAGGAGAACCUAGGGAAGAUGGAGUCACCUCUCCCAACUGCAAGUAAAAGAGAAGCAUUUGUUCUAAUUAUGGACAUGAUACAGAAAGGGCUUAGUGAUGUUCUCAGGCAUGAGUUCCUCAGCAGGUCACACCAGAUGAUCACAUCUCCUCCCUAAAAACUGGAAGAGGCCUCUGCGUGCUCAGUGGUUGGUCAUUUGGGUGGUCAGAACUUGCUUUGCCUUGGUUUCUGUGACAGGAACAUUGUCUGGAGGGCAGGAGGGAGACUCUGAACUUGAGUCAGUGCUGCCCCAGUUCAGCCUGCGUAUCUAAAUCUGUAUGCAGCCCUGAGGAUUGGAAGUAGCAAAAAUGCAAGUUCCAGUGAAGCCUGUGCAGUAAUGUCAGUCUGUAUACUAGUCUCAGUCCUAACCAAGCCAGUGAAUCUUAGCAGCCUUGAUGCAAGGAGAAUGGGCUUGCUAUCCUGUGCAGCUAUCUACAUUUUAUCUUUUGAAUUUCUUCAACUGUUUUUUUUGACAAAGGGAAAUAAUCAGCCAGCCAAGCACUGACACAAGAAUGACCUCCUGUCCAGGUGUCCUCUGCAGCCUCUCAGCUGUGGAUGCUGGUUCAGCUGGAGUAAACUACUGGUGAUCCUAUUCAUCCUAGCUCCUAUACCUAGGAGCGAGCCCCUGUUGCAGUCCAGCUGUGUGCUUGGCUUUGGUGAUCCUGAAAAGAAGUCAUUAGGAUGGCCGUGUGUCGCUGAGGGACCCAGGCAGGAGGAACACUCCACUACUAAUGCUGCUUUGCACCUUUGAAGCUGACCAAUGCAGCCUUGUGCAGACCAGAACAUGGUUUCCAGUAUAAACAAAAGUGACUCAGCUUAUGAAACAAAUCGUUAUACUGAAAGAGUUGGUCUUGAGCACUGUGUUGAUAAGAGCUGGGAAACCAUUUCACCAGGAAACCAUGCAUGUACAAUUACAUCCUGACUUUGAUUUGGGCAGAGAGGUCAGGAAUCCCAGCAUGCUUAUAAAACUUCCAAAGUUUAGACAAUUCUCUAUAAAAGCUAGCAAACCAGCUAAAAGUUGAUAAAUAAGGGAGCUGAAAAUAACUUGUGUCUUUAUCAAACCCUUUCAAAGACUGCUGUGACGUUUCACGUACAAGUAGUGUGUUCCCUUCAACAAUACUCCCACGGAAGCUACGCAUGCUAUGGGCAGUGCAUUCAUUUCUUUGCAUGGCACAUGUAGUGUUUAUAUUACCUAUGGAUUAAAGGCUACUGGUAGAUGAUCAGUAAUAUUUCUAGAUUGUACUCUGGGCUCAUAUCCAUUGAGCUGAUGCACAAAUAGUUGGAAAUUUUCAAUGCUGUGGCCAAAAAUUUAAAAUCCCUUUAACAACUUAGAGUUUCAAAACAAGAAGUGAUGCUUUUCAGAGCAGAUGCUGGGCAUGCCUCCAAUGUAUCUGAAAACGGAACAGACAUGAAGCUAUGCUCCAAAGUGCCCUAAGGCGAAGGAAAGAUCUCCUGCAGGAGCUUAAGGAGCAGCACCUUCUAGAAGAGCUUUCACAGCCCCCUGCACCAGCUGGAGGACGCUGUCAUAACCACAGAGCUACCCCCCCACACGUCUACCAGAUACCUUUUCCAGGUCCCCAAGCAGAGCCACCAAGGAUUAUCCAGCAGACGAUGCCUCCUCAGCCUGCCACCAUCAUCCAGCAGUUACCUCAGCCGCCCCCCCUGAUCACGCAGAUCCCCCCGGCCCAGCCUUUUGCAGCCCCCCGGUCUGGAAGCAUUAAAGAAGAUAUGGUAGAGAUGAUGCUGAUGCAGAACGCUCAGAUGCACCAGCUCAUCAUGCAGAACAUGAUGCUGAAGGCUCUGCCACCGAUGGCGUUCACACAGCCUGCUGGAGCCAGCUCUCCCCUGCUUCAGCAUGCACAGCAGGUAACAACACUGGAGUCUGAAGGGCAUCCUUGCUCACACGAGGCAAUGGUUGAUCUCCUUGGGAGGAUGCAGGGCCUGGACAAAACAUGCAGGAAGUCUAGGAUGCUUCAUAGCUGUACACAUCUUCAAACGCACUGCACCAGAAGACUGUUACUGAGCAGAGCACAGCCUGCCUCUUUACCCAUGAUGAGCACUGUGACAGGACCCAAUGGAAGAAUGUCUCCUCCAGAAGUGCAAACUGGAUUCAGUCCAGCUCUGAAAAUUAUCUGGUCUGUACAGUUGAACCACUAACAGCCUAUGCACAGAAGCCAUCUAUGCUGGGCAUCUGCUGCUGCAGGUCCACUUGCUGCAAACAGCAAGGCAAUAUUUGUGUUACAAAUCCUGCAAUUGGUAAAAUUUGACCUGACAGUUUCAAAUGGGCUAGAGCUGAAGCAGAUUUUGUGAUCAUACUUGGAGCCCCACUGCUCUAGUUCCUGUCUCACUGAAAAUGAAUGGCUACUGAGCUCUGAAAGGACAGAUCUUAAAGAUAUUUUGGUGUGUAGAUCCCUAUAGGGAUUUUUCCAAAACGUGUCCAGUGCCUGAUAAGAGGUAGGUAAUUUUGAACAUAGCCUUAGAUGCCCAAUUCCUAAGCUAUUUUUAACAAGGUGAUAGAGCUCCUUAGUGUCCUUAAGUGCUUUGGAAAAAUGUAUUUCUAGCCUCUACUCUGUAGCAUUUAUUACUUAAGAAGCAAGGGCAGUUGAUCUUUGGGGAGGAGAGGAUGUCCUAGUGUUGCAAAAACUUCCGCUGUACUUUUCCUACUCUGCCAUUUUCAGGCUAGCUAUGUCUUUUCCCUGUGCUGUAAGAAAGAUUUGUUUUCUUUUUCUCAGAUGUUAAGGUUGUCGGGUACUGAGAAAGUAACUCCUACACUUCUGCAGUCCUUGCCCAGCUCACUCGUACCUUUGCUACAUGCUAUUUGCAAAAGCAACAGAUGGCUUAAAAGGCCCGGAGCCCUGGGUUUGACAGAGGGGUAGGAAACGCAAUCCUCCUCCGUAGCCCAUCCCAUGGCCUGGAGGGAGCUGAUGGGUUUUUGCACCUGUUGGGACCAAAUGUCUGCCCCAGACAGAAAGCCUCCAACAGUAGCUGAUAGCUCUUGUGUUGCAGGACACUGAUGUCCCAGGAGGCCACCCACAGUGCAGAGAGGCCCACUGGCUUCGUCAGCCAUGGUCCCAGGGUGGACUAGCUGUGGAAAUGGCAGGCAGCACUGACUCUUCCUCAUGUCAGAGCUGCACCGAGCGUUGCCUAGGAUGGAAGUCCUUUUCUAUUUUCCUUAAACUUUGCAGUUUCUCGUUUUGAAUACUCUUUCCCCCUUGCCUUGGGGAGAUGUCUGGGGCAGACAGUGGUGUUGGGAGAGCCAGCGGACUCAUCUGCAGCUUUCUGUGGAGGACUCUGUGUCUAAGGGAAGAUGGCAGAGGAAGAGCGUGUCCUCGCCCUGGUUCCUACCUUCUUCCCCAGGCCAUCCUGUCACUGUGCAUUUACCUGAUGUAGACCGGUGGAAUAAACUGGGGGGAGUGGGCUCAGAGUGCCUCUGAAUAUCAGGUGAAAUAUGAUAUCACCCAGUGUUUGCUGGACCUUCUAUGUUGGAGCCUGCAAAACCCAUCUCCAGGCACAUGCAGAAGGACUUCCUUUACCAAGGGGUGGCCGAGUGGGAACCCAGCCCCUCAGCCAGGGACCCUUCCCGUGGGGGCACAGAUUUCACAAAUCGCCCUUUGUCUCUCU